UUAAAUAUUUUUCAUAUGCUUCAAAAGCUUUUUGUUGCUAUGGCAACAUGAAUUUGAAAAAUUCUUUUCUUUGUUCAUUACGCAUAUUCUUUGAGAACGUCGCUUAAUUUCUGAUACAUUUUUCUUUCUGAAACCUUUGCCAGGAAAUAUGUCUGACAAAUAUGAGAAUGAAACCCAAACGAGCCCAUCCUCCUCGGCCAUCAGUAGCACCUCCCAGGGUCAACGACCUGGACCAGGCAGUGGGGGCGACGUCUUGUCUCUGCAGACGAGCAGUUCGCCGUCCUUGGGCUGGCCGAAUGACGACGACGCUGACAUCGAACAUGAGGAAAGGGACUCCAAUGAAGAAGCGGAAGAUUUUCCGCGCGGCGACUUCUUUGGACAGGACGAAGAGGAUGUGGUCGUUUUGGCACCCAACCAUCCUUUGCUCAGCAACUUCCACAAGGCUAUUUUCAAGCAUCUCUCAAGACAAAAAGAACAACUGGCAAUUGAUAUCAAGGAAAUGGCCUCCAAAGUGAAAGUCAAACGGAGGGAGUCUGAUGAUGUUGCUGAAAAACUCUACCUUGUGCAACAGUCAGUGAGUCGGCAGCACGCCCAGCUCGAUAUAAAAACGGAAAAUGCUGCGUCAAGUGCAGAGUUGCGAGACGAGUUGGAAAAGUGCAACAAAGAGUUUACAGGAAAUCACCGAGAGGUGGCGAAAAACUUGCAAGAAGCUCAAAUUAUGGAGCAAAACCUUUGGCACUCUUUGGGUGAAAAAACUCUCAAGGACAACCUGAUAAGGAGAAAGGAAGAAGAAGCUGAAGCCCAGCUGGCUCUCGUACGACGUCAAACAGAGAAGGCGAAAAUCGACAAGCGCAAUUUGAUUGAAGAGAAAAAGAAACAGGAUGAAUUUGUCUACAGACUGACAUGCCAGGUGUCGGACCUGCAGGCCCUUUUGGCUAAACUUGAGCACCAAACUGCGUCAAAGCAAAACGAGGAGGCUAAAUUGCAGCAGGCGGUGAAGAUGGCUGGUGUGGAUUUGGAGGAGCUAAGUCGAGACCAGCAUCGGCUGUCGCAAGUGUGGCAGAGGCUGCUGGUUGCGGCCAAGAAUAAGGACUCAGAGUUUACGUUUUUACUGGAGAAGACAGAAUCAAUCCGAGAAGGGAUUAAACUUGCUGAAAAAUUAAACGAGCAGUAUGUGAAAGGCUGGGAGGUGGAAAAGAAGCACAACGAAAAGUGCAUGGCUGCCUACAAACGCAUCCAGAGAGAAAAGGCGCGUUUGGAUGUGCAAAUUCGGAAGGAAAUCAAAAGAGUGGAGGAGCUGCAGGAACAGAUGGACAAAACUAGCGCUUUGGUUGGAAUGACAGAGGACAACGUGAAGGAAAUAAACAGGGUUUUGCGCUCAAAGGAGAGCAGGCUGAAAAUUCUUGAGCAUGAGAUUCUGAAUCUGCGCAGUAGUGAGAUGGAGCUGGAAAAGAAAUUACUUGAAGCCAUGAAUGCACAGGCAACUCAAGAUAAAUCAGUGCAACUCACGAUUAAAAGAGUUGAUGAGCUGAAUAAUAUUUUGGAUGGACAAGAAAAAGAAAAGGCUCAGAAGGAGAUGCAAUUUGCCCAAGUGGAGUUAGAAAUGCAAAAGCUGAAGCACGAAGAGGCGCAGAUAAUUGAGUACCAGAAGCAGCAGGUGGAAAAGGCAAAUGAAGGCAAUUGGGAAGUGCAAGUUGCUGAGCAGGAACUCCGCAAGGCACAGACUGAGCUCUCGGUGAAACAGGGGAGAUUCGACAGGUUGAACUCAAAGCUGGCAGCGCAUGUUGAAAAAACUGGGGGCCAAGAGAUGAACCCUGCCGAAGCAAGAAUAACUGAAAUGGAGAACGAGAUAAAAGCUCUGUCUGCAGAAAUACAGAGGCUCCAGAAAAGUUUGCUAAGAAAAGAAGUGGCGUUGAUGGACAGAAAUGAGAAAAUGAGCAAAUUAAGAAAGGAGGCAGAAAUUCUGCAAAGAAGUUUGGAAAAUCUUCAACACAAAUCAAGAGGCCAAGUGGAAGAGUUGGAGCGACUGAAUGCGCUGAAAAGCUCUGUCAAGAAGAGUUUGGAAAACCAAGCCUUGGCUUUAUCAAACGUAGACAAGGAAAUAGCCAAAACAAAAAUGGAGCAACUUGAACUGCAAAAAGACAACCUUCUCUCAAUAACUGGAAUUCAGUCGGUGGUCAAGGAAGAGGAGCUGAAAAUGCACGAGCUCUCGGGAAAAUUGCUCUUGUUAAGCACAGAACGCAAUCAGCUCUACGAUACUUUGAGGCAGUUGCAGACAGAGCAAGUCGACCUGGAGGGAAAACUUUCACUGGCCAGUGAAACAAAACUUGCCAUUGAAAGGGAACGGGGUUGCCAGGGAGAAAUUUCAGCUAUGAAAACUGAGAUCCACAGAAUGGAGGUUCGCUUGAGUCAAUUGAAAAGGGCCCAAGAAAAGUUGAAACUAGACCUGGAGCAGUGCGUCCUGAGGAGAGACGCCAUGGUGGAUUCCAACAGAGUGCGGCACCCCAAGCACUCAGUGGCCAACUCAGCUCGACUGAAGGCCCUGCGCAGAUAUGAAACUCUUAAAUACAAUAAUGGGCAGUUGAAAUCGAAACUAGACAAAUAUGAGAGUGACAAGGUUUCACUGAAAGUGAUAGAGCGAGAAAUAAAUGGUUUGGAGGAAGAGCUAGAGGAGAAGAAUAAUCAGAUUUAUAAAAUCGCAGAACCUUUAAAGGCAACUGGAAGCAGGUUGCACAGCUUGAGAAGCAUCAAGAAGGAGAAAUUAGAGCAACUGGUGCACGAGCAAAAGGUUGCUCGGGGACUGGGAGAUGCCAGGGAUGGAAAAUACAAAACCCUGUGCAAGUCAGAAUCCUCACUGAUAGCAGAGACAGAGAAGCAAAAAGUGGUGCACUCAAACUUGAUCUCCAUCGUUGAAUCUCUGGAGCCAGACUUUCCGCAACACAAGUCUCACUUACACUCAAUCAUGGCCACGCUGAAGAGCAUCAAAGUCAACUACCAAACUCUGUCGGCAGCUCCGAGUGUGCAAGAAACUGACGAAGCUUCUUAUGUUCAAUAAAAUACCUACGUUUUUAUUUUUUGCCCAAAAAAGUAUUCGAUGUAUUUUAUCAAGAUGUCCAGUUGAUUAUGUGAUAAUUCCUCUUUCCUAAAAAUCAAGAUGGAAUACAAUUAUUUAUCAUGAUUUAAUCCCAUUUAAAAUGCCUACCAGUUCUGACUAGAGUAAUUUUAUUUUUCAAUAUGAAGUCCGCUGGGUGAAAUACUUGAUUUGGAUCAUUCAUUCUACGCAUAUUCACAUAAAACCCGCCUGCCGAUAUUCUGGGCUUUGCAUCUACUGUAAUACAUUAUUAUUAAUACCUGAAAACACUGGAUUUCAAAAUGUUAUUACUUUCAUCCCGGUAGCAUUUAGUUUCAAGAGCGAACUCCAUUAUGGUUCUAGUCUUAUUUGGGUCCAAGGUGCAAACACUUGCUCCAGAAAAUAAUCUGUUGAUGCUUUCCAAGGGUAGCUGCUCUAGAGCUGCAAGGUCUCCUUUGUAAAGUGCAUCGGAGGCCAGUUGUGCUGUCCGCAAUCCAGAUUCUGCUUGCAAAAAGAAAAUU